GUAGGCGUGAAAAAUGUGUCAAAAAAUAAAAAAAAUCAUUCGUUGUCUGUAUUUAACAUAAUGACUAUCAGUUCAUAUAACGCAUAAUAUUUAUUUGCAAGCAAUUAGAAAUAAUUUUGGUAUAUAGGUCUAUUUGGAAUAAGUCGAUUAAGCUAAAUCUUUUACAAAUAUAAAUUUAACAUAAACAAAAAAAAAAAAAUCCAAAUUCGCAUAUUGCGUGAACAUAUUGGCAUAUGCAGUAGUGUUAUAUUGGGCAAUAUAUACAAAAUUGAAGCGAUCGGGAAAGUGAAAAUGUGGUGGUUACACGAUCUUAGGCUGUUGCAGUAGCACGCGACACGUGUCACGCAUCACGCACACAUCUCCAAUCAGCAGGUGAAAUUGUGCCGGGUUGUAUAAAACAGUGAUUGAGCAAAGCUUGUAGAAAAACAAAGAAACCAGCAAAUCUACCGAAGUAAAUGUUAUUUUGAAUAGUUAUCAAACGGCAUAAACGAAUUAUACAAUUCACCAUACAAAAAAAAAAAAAAAAAAAUACUAAUAACAAAUUGCAAGCAGCUUACAUAUUAGCCAAGCCAUGGUGACAGUUGGACUGCUAACCCGAUUCCUGGGAAGUGGCAGCAGCGGAAUCAGCAGCGGCAUUGUCUGUUUGCGAUUAUUAAGGCGCCUCAACAGCCCGACAGUCAGUCUUCAAUUAACUCCACGAUGCCUCAGUGUGCUGGGCAAUUUGAAUGGCGGCAAAUGCAAAUCAACGACGACGACAGCGACAGCGAUAACGACACCAGGAACAUGGCCUGCAUCAACAAUAUUGUCACCGCUGCUAUUGGCCAAAUAUCGCAGCUAUGCGCGACUGAGCACCAAGUCAACGGUUCAAUCCAGCUCGACGGCGAGCAAAACCGAGACCAAAUCCUCAUCAACGGCCACUGUGACGUCCCCCAGUUCAAGUUCAACGGAACUGUUUGGCGAGGCAGCUAACAUGGGUCUGUUUGCCAAGUUCAAGCACAUGUACAAACAAUAUUGGUAUGUGCUUAUCCCAGUGCAUGUGCUGACGUCAAUUGGCUGGUUCGGCGGUUUCUACUAUUUGUCCAAAAGUGGUGUGGAUGUGCCAGCCCUGCUGCAGUAUUUGCAUUUGAGUGAGACGAUCAUUGAGAAGGUGCAAGGCUCUGAUAUGGGUCACUAUGCCAUUGCAUACCUCUGCUAUAAAGUGGCCACGCCAAUUCGCUAUGCUGUAACGCUUGGCGGCACCACGGUGUCUAUCAAAUAUCUUGUACAAUGGGGACAUAUCAAACCGAUGCCGACCAAGAAUCAAUUGAUCAAAAUGUAUGAGGACACAAAGGCAACGCGUGCUAACGCCAAGAGCCACAACAAAGACGAGCAUCACAAAUGAUAGCUGUCGAUCUUGCCGUCGUCGGUGGCCCGGCUUAGGGCGCCGAAAUAACACCACCUCGUCACAACAACAACAAACUGCAUCAUCGUCUGCUGUUGCAAUUGUUGCAUUGCCAUGCGGCACAAUUCAGUUGGCUAGUUGUAUUAUCUGUUAAGCUGUUUUUUGGUGCAUACUCGUUAGCCCGCUCGCCCCAGCAAACUUUUUUGAAAUUAAACUCUCGACUCUCUUAGACGCUCUAUUGUUGAAACAAUUGCCACCAGAUCGGAAGUAAACAACAACAAUAAUCCUAGCAUACUUCAUACAUAUAUAUAUAUAUUUUGUAAUACCAUCAAUUUGCAUAGUUUUUGUGUUUAUGUUGGUCUUGUGUGUUAGUUACGAAACCGUUGCCCGCUGCCGGCUGCCAAAAAAGGAGCACCGUACUCACACACACAUAACCAAGACAUUUUUGCGCACACACACAACCAGAAUAGGGCAGCCUCCGAUACAAACAAGAAGUGUAGUAUAUAAAUAUAUACAUACAUAAACAUGUAUAUACUUAUAUAUAUAUUUUGUAAAUGUAAUUUAAAAAGUUAUCUAAAAUAAAAAUGAAUACAAAAAUCACCUGAUCGGUAUAAAAUGAAGAAACAUUCUGUACUUUCAAUUUGUCGCAAAAGACAUAAAUUGUGAAGUGGCGCCAUCUAUUUGUUGUUGCACUGACGAUCUGAAUUGCCACAGCCUCAAAGUAUGCCACAAAAAUUAUUUGCAUAGGUAUUGUGAAAAUGUCCCAAAACACAAAAUAAUAAAUUUCUCCGAUACUAACAGUACAAUUGAAUAUCCUACGGCCAAAUUAAGAGACCUAUUAAAAAUAUAUCGUUGCGCACCAAGUUCAGCUUGUCCCGAAAAUCAUUGAAUGACAAUAAAACGCAAAGUGAUUCGAUUUUGUUUUUGCAUUUUAUAUUUCGUUAUCAUUUUUUUGUUUGUUUUUGUGUUUUUAUUUAUUUUUUGUUUUGUUUGUAACGUUAGUAAAAUAUCCAACAAUUAUAAUUGUAACUAAUAGUUAAGCCAGAAAAAAUAUAUAUAGUAGUAGUUGUUUCUUCUUUUACAAAUAAACAAUGUGUCUUGUUCUUUUUUUGUUUUGUUGUUUUGUUUUUAGUUGUUAUGCUCUGUGUAGUUGAGUGUGUGUUGCGAGUGUCUCUCGUGUCUGUUUGUAUCUGUGUGACAGUGUAUCUGUGUAUGUGUGAGUAAGUGUGUGGGAGUGUAUCGGUUUAGUUAAUAGUAGUAAGUAGUAUGUAGGUAGGUAGGUGUAUUGUUUGUUGCUCGCACUUGGAAACAAGUUACAUUAUGUACACAUAUAUUUAGUUCGAUCUCUCUGUUUCUGUAUUGGUGUUCAUCUCAUAUAAAGUUUUAUCAUUUACAUAAAUACAAUACAAUAAAUAAAUAAAUAAAUUAUAUAAAUUAAAUAGGCAACAAACUAUAAUCAUAAAGAUUUAGGGUUUCUCGUAGGCAACUUUUAAAUAUGCAUGUGUGCGGGGAAAGGAAGGCGAAAAUCGGAUUACACAGAAAAUAAGUAUAUUUUAACUAAAAUAAGUAUGUAUAGAAAAAAAAACAAACAAAAAAGUUAUAUGUAAAUAUAUAUAUAUUAAACAAGGUUCUCCAUUAAGUAUUUCGUAUGCUGAUACGAAAUGUAAAUUUGAGACUAGUUUGGAUUGGAUUGCUUGAUGGUAUA